UCCAUGUUGCGUGGGCGAAGAGGGAAGCUUAUGGUAGACCAUCAUUUACACGGUUUAAACUGCUCGUCGUGUGUUGUUUUUAUGCGUCUGUGACUGACAUCAUAUGUUUAAUUUGUCUACAGAGUGGUCAGUAAAUUCGGUUUCUUUUAUUUUUACUCUGCGAACGCAGCGACGAACUGUCCUAUAGUUACAGUCAAAAGGGAGUACAGGAUGUUUUCCACAUUUCUUCUUUGUCAGAUCAUCCUCACACUCAUCUGCCAAACACUAUGUUACGAACCCACAGAGAAGGACUUGAAGUGUUUCAAUGACUAUGAGACAGAAAUGAAGUGCAGUUUCUGGUUUGACGGCCUCAUAAGUUGCUCUGGAUACAAACUCAACAUCACACAUACUGUAAUAGAUACGUUGAAAACAUGCAUCUUUGAGAGAAGUCAUCACAGUGCCAACUGUGAAUGCAAAAUUAAAGUCGAAGGGUUUGUUUUAACAGAGAUAUUCUCUACUACACUUCUGAACGGAACAAAUGUUUUAUUAAACAAAACAUUUGUGACAAUGGACUUCAUCAAACCAAAAACUCCAGUCUUAUCAGUUCAGAAGACUAAAAAUGGAGAUUUUAAUGUAACUUGGGAUGACAAGUAUGGGAAAACAUAUUUUGCAGAAAGUUUGGAAAUACAUCUGACCUAUAGGAGUGAAGGAGGAGAUGAAACCAUGUCCAGGAAUGAGCCAAACUCCCGGGGAUUCUAUGAGAUCGUGGGCAGAAAUCUCCAGCCAAACACCAACUACAUUCUGACUGCAAGAAUGAGCACAAGCUAUAACUCACACGAGAUAUUGAGUUACCAGAGCGCACCAGUUGAGUUCACCAGCUCCUCAUCUCCAAAUGAAUUACUCAGAACGAUGGUUCCGCCUCUAUGUGUUGUUUUAAUCAUCAUCAUUUGUACUAUCUUCAUCUGUGUUUUGAGGAUGAAGAUGAAUUGGUGGGACAAGAUCUCCAAGCCAAAAAUAGACGCCAAUCUUGGAGAAGAGAAGGGUCAUAUUUUGCCUCCUUCCAUUAUGGACUUCUCCUCAAUCCAUGUAGAGAUUCCAAAACUGGACUUUAAGGAGGAAAAUAAAUUGAUCUCCACAUUAUCAGUUGAUACAAACAAUGAGAAAAGUUCCCACAGUGUUGAGUCAGCAGCAGACGAUUAUGGCCAGGCUGGUUUUGAUUCUAGUAAUGACAAGGAGAAUUGCAGACGGAUCACCGUCUUAUCACGUGUCGAACAUGCCCGGGAGGAGGAUUUCAAAUCCUUUCUCUUUGCCAACAACACACCCAGCAAUCAGCAAGUCAAGAGUGUUGAUAUCAGUUCCUCAAGAGAACGCAACCGUGCAAAGAGAGAUUCGGGCAACUGCUCUGGCUCAUCGGUUUUCAGCAACAUGUCGUAUUUCGGAUCGUCCAAUGAUGAUUCAUCCUUCCUGGGUCAGCUGAGCUGUGAUCAUUCCUGUCAAUCUGACAAGAGGGACAUUUCUAGCUUUGAAAACUCCUCUAUGAGUGCUGAUGUCAGCAAGAUACAGUUUAACGUUCCCACUAAUGAUGCUUUGGAAGACGGAUAUCAGUCCUUCAACAGCGUUGUGAACCAGGGAAAUGAUGCGGAUGUUUGUUUGAACCUUUUAAAUGAUAUUGAUUCUGAUGAAAAGUUCAUUGUGAAAAAUCUCAUCACUAGUAAAAAUCCACUAUAUCCUUCUCUGUUUGUCCAUGGUGGCAGCGUCACACCAAGUGAUGGUGGGUAUCAGGCUUUUGAAGGCUUAACAAAGAGCACAGAAGGACAGUGGAGCACGAGCAUCAGAACUGAACAAGCACUUAAUGAAUGUGGAGCGCUGAAAUUCCCCCACAGCACCGGCCAAGAUCCCACAUCAUCAGAGCAGCAAAGUUUGUGGCCCUCUUCUUUGCUUUUUCCACCCACUAUUGAAAUAGACACUUCAUAUCAGUCUUUUUAGCUGCGCUGUACAUAACUGAAGCACUGAAAAAUUUUUAUAUGUAACAUACAAAGUUACAAAGCAACAGUUACAAAGAAAUAUGACCAGUAUGAGAUCUAUGCAAAUGUUCAUUGUUUAUGUAGACUCAAAGCCAAGACCUUGCAUUUAGGUUUCACUGUUUCUACAUGAAGACUUUGAACAGUGCCUUAAAUGCUCGAAGAGGUUAUGCAUGAUUAUUCUUGAUGUUCAUUUUUCUUUAUUAUUGGUCACAAUUACACACGCAAUGUUAAAUGCGACACUGAGUCACAUUUGCAAAUGCAAAUUUUAAAGGCAUGAUAACAAGGCCAAGACGGUUCUUAUCAUUCUGUGCUGUUAAAACAAAUGAUAGAUAUUUGCUUAUUCAUUUCUACAGUUGCAAUGAAUCAUUCCUUUGAAAGUAUCACCAGUAAUAGGAAACUUUAGUUUUAAUAACUACAUGUUUGCAUAUAAUUUUGGACAUAGAAACAAUAAGAAGCACUGUGCCUUAAAUAC